UGGGAAGAACAAUUUGUUCCUAACUUAAGAGUCUGGAUGAUCCGUUGUCUUAAUUUAUUUUUACAUAAGGUGACACAAACAUUACUUUGUAUAGAAUUUUCUGUCAUUCAUAUGCAAUUCUGACAUUUCCUUUAUUAUUAUUUAUGCUACCCCUGUCUAAUUUCCAUAUUCUUGUUUUUGUUGUACAUCGUCACAAAUAAAGAUGCCUAAACAAUAAAUGAAAGAAAAGAAUCAAAAGUAUUCUCCUUACCAGCAGGGGGCGCCAAACACCAAGAUCAACCGGAAGCUGAUCGAUGAAUCCAGGCUGCUGCUCGGGGUUCGAUUCAUCAGACUGAGCGACGUGUGGUGCAAGUCGUGCAAGUAGCUGAGUUUCAAAACACACCAAAAAGCUAAUUUUAGUAAAGUUAAUUUAGUUAAUUCGGGUUAGUUAGAAUUAGCUUAUCCGUCGAUCGAUUCAAAAAUGGCCGGGGAGUCGUUGAAAUUGUCAAAGAACCUGCUGAGGAUGAAGUUUAUGCAGAGAGGGCUGGACGCCGAAACGAAGAAGCAGCUGGAAGAAGACGAGAAAAGGAUAAUCAGUGAUGAGCACUGGUACCUGGAUCUGCCGGAGCUUAAAGCAAAAGAGAACUUGAUCAUUGAGGAGAAGAGCCUGGUUCCCUGUGAGGAUUUGCUCUAUGGCCGUAUGUCCUUCAAAGGGUUUAAUCCAGAGGUGGAGAAACUGAUGGUGCUGCUGAAUCCUAAAGAUGAAAAAGAGGAAGAGGGGGAGGAUGUGAGCUGCAUGCAGACGGACGUCACUGAUGAAGAAAUGGCUCUGAGGUACGAGAGUUUAGUGGGAACCAUGAAGAAGAAGUUUGCAAAGAAGCGCGAGCGAGCGGCGAUGGACGAGGACGACGUCAACCAGAACGUAGUUGUGAAAAACUCAAAGAAAGCUUUCCUGAAGCCCCAGGACUGAAAAUAUUUUAACUGGGAGGAAAAACGGGAAUGUCGGAAACUACAAACUGAACGGACGCUUCACGUUUAGUCGUCUCUGUGAGACGCAUUACUGCCGACCGAGCUUUUAAAGGAACAGUUCAACAUUUCUGCUCAUCGCACCGGAAGAUCCAUCGGUUCCAGUUCCGCCUUGAGGUACACACCUCGAAACAUUCGGACUCGGACUGUGAAACAGAGGCCAACAGGAAGUUGCUGGAUGAAUUUCCACAUCAUCAAAGUUCUGCAGUAAAUCUCCAGAAGAACUAAGAUUAAUUUAAUUUGAUCGAGUUUUUUUUUAAAGAAAAUGUUUUUUUUAAAACAUUUGUGUUGCUGCAGUUCUUCAUGUCAUCAAUGUAGAUGUAUAAAAAUGUGAAUGAAACAGACGGGAAUCUUUUUAAAUAAACUGUCUGAAAGCUUCAU